CACAACCAGUUUCAAGCGAGCUCUCGAGCGGUAGAGUCGUCGCCUUCCCACAUAUAGUACUAUAGUAUUAUAGCUCCCCGAUCCACUCACCACUCUCUCCACCCCGCCUUCGUUCAUAACAAUUUCCCACUUCCAAAGUUUUUGUGCAUUCAAGUGCGACUAAAAAUAGUGGCUGUUUCUUUUGGCUUGGCUUGUUUUGCUUUGUGUUUUUGCAAAACAACAACUUUGAGGCCAUUUACAUACUCAAACGCUGAGAAAAGAAAACCGCCAAAAUUGGUUACCUAACGAAAACUUCGUUUGUGCUACGGGACGGCAAACUUGAAGACGAUAUGGGCUUCAGUUCGCGAAUGGACUGCUGCGGGCAGUUCGUCAAGUACAGCCUUUUCAUAGCCAACUUUGUGAUAUUCGUGGGUGGAGCCAUUGUCUUCUGUCUCACCCUGUGGACUCUGGUGGAUCGCAGUUUCGUUAACGAAUUGCUCGGAACUAAUCUUUUCUCGGGAGCCGUUUACGUUCUACUGGUUACAUCGAUCAUCAUCUGCCUAGUGUCCUUUUUGGGCUGUGUAGGUGCUGGAAAGGAGGUCAAGUGCCUGCUACUUACGUAUUUCAUAAUAGUGGCUUUAGUUUUCGUCACCAUGCUAAUUGGCGGCGUCUUGGGUUAUGUGUUCCGCGAACGAGUUCAGCAGACCAUGCGGCAGGAAAUGCGAUCCACAAUGGCUUUAUACGGCAGCCGGAGGGAGAUCACCCAGGCCUGGGAUUUGACACAAGAGCGGCUGCAAUGCUGCGGAGUGGACACGUGGCACGAUUGGAAUAGGUACGGACCGGUGCCCGAGUCUUGCUGCCAGGAGCUUUUUGGGGGUCAGCGAAAGGAGUGCACCAUCUUCCCGACCAUCACCAAUCUGUACAACCAGGGCUGUCUCUAUGUCACGACCAACUUCAUCAGAGAUCACGCGGCGGUUAUCGGAGGAACCUCCAUCGCGGUGGCCAUUUUAAUGAUCUUUGGUAUGAUAUUCUCCUGCCUACUGUUCAAUAUGAUCGAAUAG